AUGACGUUUCUCGAGUUCCUUUUACUUUCAACGUUCGGGUAUGCGGCGCUCGCAUCGCCGGCGACUUCUGGGUCUUCUUCCGCGACGACGAUGACGACGAUCGGAAAAGAAUGCAAAAUCUUAUUUGAUGGACGUGUACCGCAGAAAAUGACUCCAGCAGACUUUGACAAAAAUUCGAGUAUAUUCGAUCAUCAGUUCGUGCAUGGACAAAAUCAGACUUGGGCGGAGAUCAUAAAGUUCCCAGUUGGGAUUCCACCGUCAAUGUUUGACAUCCCGAAAAAUGCAAAGCCUGUCGAGGUCACGAUAAACGAUAACUCAAUCUUCCUCCCGGGAGGCGAUCCCCCGCAGCCUCAAGUCGGGUUCCGACGCUCUGAACUGAUCCCAGCGACGAACAACGGGUCAGAUAUCACUGUACAAGGCACAACGACGUUCCACUGGUCUAUCCGGAACGACCCGCUGAGACCAUUAAAUUUCUCACACGAGUACCACCCAGCGUGGCAUGAGACGGCAGACUUCAGCACGUCAGAAAUUACAUUUUUGACGGGGACUCCCUUUAACAAGUCGUUUGACCCGACGGUGCGGGACCCAAAGACGUUGAGGCUUGCAGGGAGACAGUCAAAUUCGCCCGAGACGACAUUCUUCCAGACGCCGUUUGAGUUUGAUGUCUGGCAUAAUUUUGCAGUGACACUUGGGUGGACGGAUAACACACUCACCGUGUACUAUUCCAAAGGCAUUGCACCGCUAAAACGAGUCGCAGGCCCAGCAUUCAAUGACAACUCCGGAGGCGGCCAAUUCCACACAGGCGUAUUCAAAGAACCUACGGGCCCACUGGGAAUUGAUGUGCUGCACGAGGGGUUCCAGGAGUCGAAUUUGAAUGAGGGAUUGAUUUUUGGCGGGAUAUUCAUUGAGGAUAGCGCGGGUGGGUGUGUUAGUCUAUUUCCGUCGGUUCUUGGUGUCCUUUGA